AUGCAGACGUGGUCGCGGCAUCCGAUAACGGCGGCGCGACAGGCGCAGACGAUUGACGCGGUUGCGCCGGGACGCCUGCGGCUUGGCGUGGGGCCGGGGCACUUGCAGGCGAUGCAGGAGACCUUUGGGGCGGGCUUUGAGGCGCCGUUGGGUCAUCUGACUGAGUAUGUGAGGGUGCUGAAGGGGCUGCUGGAAGAAGGCGAGAUAGAUUUCAGGGGAGCAGAUCGUUGCGAAGGCGUCGCUGCCCGCGCCGACGAAUGUUGCGGUGAUGGCGUCUGCGCUGAGGCCACGCUCGUUCGAGAUGUGCGGCGUGGAGGGUAUUGGCGCGAUAAGCUGGGUGUGCCCGCAUCCGUAUGUACGUGA